AUGCUGUUCGCAAUGUUCGACGAAGUGAAACGAAUGAACAAACGCCAAUUCUUAUACCAAGUACUUAGUUUUGGGAUGAUCGUAUCCUCAGCACUGAUGAUAUGGAAAGGGCUUAUGGUGGUAACAGGCAGCGAAAGCCCCAUUGUCGUAGUAUUAUCUGGAAGUAUGGAACCAGCGUUCCAUCGAGGAGACCUACUCUUUCUCACAAACUUCCCAGAAGAACCAGUGAAGGUAGGAGAAAUAGUUGUGUUCAAGGUGGAAGGCAGGGACAUUCCAAUUGUGCAUAGAGUAUUGAAGUUACACGAGAAGAAGAACGGAACUGUAAAGUUCCUCACCAAAGGAGACAACAACAGUGUGGAUGAUAGAGGACUAUACGCACCAGGGCAGUUGUGGUUAACAAAACAAGAUGUAGUGGGUAGAGCGAGAGGCUUCCUACCAUAUGUGGGUAUGGUGACAAUACUAAUGAAUGAAUAUCCAAAAUUCAAGUAUGCUGUGUUAGGGUGUUUAGGAUUUUAUGUAUUGGUGCAUAGGGAGUGUGCGUAA